AUGUAUAGAAUAUAUAUACCAUCAAUUUACCCGCAUCAUCAUAGAGGCCCACUAUUUUAUUUCGGAUUCGCCGUCCCGGGCGCCUUCACUCCGACCUGCUCGCAGAAACACGUCCCUGGAUUCGUCUCCAAGGCCGGAGAGCUCAGAUCCAAAGGCGUGGACGUCAUCGCGUGCGUCUCCGUGAACGACGCGUUCGUGAUGGAGGCGUGGAGGAAGGACCUCGGGAUCGAGGACGAGGUGAUGCUGCUGUCCGAUGGGAACGGAGAGUUCACGGGGAAGCUCGGCGUGGAGUUGGAUUUGAGGGAUAAGCCUGUGGGGCUCGGAGUUAGGUCGAGGAGGUACGCGAUUCUGGCGGAGGAUGGUGUGGUGAAGGUGCUGAAUCUUGAGGAAGGAGGCGCUUUCACUAACAGUGGUGCUGAGGAUAUGCUUAAAGCUCUUUGAUUCCGUUUUGUCUUAAGACUUUUGUUCUCUUUGUGUUGAAUUUUCUUCUGUCUUUUAAUUUUCUUGAAGCUUUCAGAUUCUGUGUAUCAUCGGAUCUGUAAUGGAAUAAAACAUCGGAGUCGUUUUUGUU